AUGGCUGUCAUCAGCCAGAGGGUGCUACAGCAUAUCAGAGAACCGACAAAAUCAGUGUGCAGCCAACCCAAACAUGCAUCAGACUAUACCCCCUACAUCCUUGCAACAUUUGGAUACAUUGACCUGUUAAUGUUCAUCCAGACACGGGCAUCUCGAGCAGGGCUAUGCGUCAUGAACUCGUUUGUGAAUGAUGUGUUUGAGCGCAUUGUGCCAGAAGCUUCGCAGCUUGCGCAGUACACCAAGCACUCAAUUAUCACAAGCAGAGAGUUGCAGAAUGCAGUCAGACUGCUGCUGCCCAGAGAACUGGCCAAACAUGCCAUGUCAGAGGGGACCAAAACUGUCACCAAAUACACCAGUUCAAAAUGA